CGGAGAGAGAGAGCAUGGUACACCUCAUCACGGAUGCGUGUGAGAUAUUUAUCAACACUCAUUUUAUACUCUCAUAAAUUUAGCUGCACUGCUCUUAGUUUUUUUUCUGGAUUUUAUGUGCACAAUUCAACGUGUUUUUGCUGUGGUUUCUCUCUCCAAAUGGCUUGGAUUAUUUCCCCCCUGUGGCAACGCCAAGGGACUGGCGCUGUUUUUUUGCUCUCUGCUUUGAUCGCGGUGAUUGUGACAGGUGACUCCYCCGCGCAGGUUUUCGACAGUUAUGGAUUAUCAUACGCAUUGAGAUCGGAACUAUCAGAGGAUGCUAUAUUGGUGGCCAACAAUGGAAUACGCGUGCCUUUCGGGAGAGCAGUAUUCAUUGAUCCUAUCAAUGAUCUGGUAAUCCAAGUACAGCCGGGAGACAGAUGUAGUAUGACGGUUCUGGAUAACGACCCGCUCUCCCAGAGGCCCGGGCAGCUCUCUCCCAAAAAGUUUCCCUGUGAGUUUGGACCCAAUGACGUAAAGUAUUCUCACUUCGGGUCCAGGAGCCCCCCGCGGGAUAGGGUGAGGCUACAGCUCAGAUAUGACACUCAUACCGACACCAUAAUCAUCCCGUUUAUGAUGGAAGUGGAGGUGAUUUUCACACAGUUGGAAGUGUUAACCAGAAACAUGCCUCUGACUGUUGACAAACUGCUUGGCACUAGUAACCCCAUUGACAGGAAGAUUCUAGAGUUCACAUAUGAUAGAAGUGAACAUCAGUGUAAAAUAACAUCCCUCUCCAGUGGCAGUGCAUUACCCAGGUAUGGAAAACUUGUGGAUGAGGGAAAACUUGGAGAAAUGGUGGAUUGUGAUGAAUUUAUUAAAAUGAAUAUCCGCUAUCAGCACACUUCUGCACACAAAUCACCCAAUAGAGAUUAUUUCCCAAUGAUUGUGGAAUUACAAGAUAAAGAGGGUAAUUUUCUGAAGCAGGAGUUUUUCCAGAUGAUGGUGCGUAUAAAGGAUGGCGAGGAGAACACGGCUCCUAAACCCAGCUUCGUGGCCAUGAUGAUGAUGGAGGUGGAUCAGUUUGUGAUGACAGCCAUCACCCCCGACAUGCUGGCUGCCGAGGACAUUGAGUCUAACCCUGACAACCUUAUCUUCAACAUCACCUCCCCCCUCUCCUUCGAGGAGGGGUACAUAGUCAGUACAGAUGACCGGAACCUGCCCAUCACCUCUUUCUACCAGGGAGACCUCAAAGAACUAAAGAUAGCCUACAAGCCUCCGUCUGUGGACUCUGAAACAGAACGUAUCUUCCAGAUAGAGUUUGAGGUGGUGGACACUGAUGGGGCUGUGUCUGACCCGUUCGCCUUCAUGAUUGUAGUGAAGCCUAUGAACACGCUUGCUCCAGUAGUCACCAGGAAUACUGGUCAGCUUCUCUACGAGGGUCAGUCCAGACCACUGUCCAGUUCUCAUAACCUAGGGGUCAGUGACGAGGACGACCUGGAUGAUGUCAGGAUCAUGGUGGUCGAUGGGCUGCGGCAUGGCCAGCUGACGGUGCUCGGGUCACUCAGGAAGUUCUUCACCCCGGCCGAUCUGGUCGGGGGCAUGGUCAUAUACCAGCACGACGGCAGCGACACGUACAGCGACAACAUCAUCUUCCGGAUGACGGACGGGAAGCAUGAGGUGGAAUUCCUGUUCCCCCUAACGAUCGUUCCCACGGACGACGAGCCGCCCAUUAUCAACGCUAACACGGGGUUAAUCCUCUUCAAGAACCAGAUUAUGCUCAUUUCGCCACUCACACUGAGCGCUGCAGACAUCGACUCUGAGGACUCCACUAUCAGGUUCACCAUAGAAGCCCCYUUCUCGCCUAUAGGGGAGGUGCUGCUGAGGCAGUCAGAGGCCCCAGCGGACCCAUCCACCUGGAGGUUUAAUGCUGAGGAUGAGCUGUAUGAGAAAGAGGUUACAGAGUGGUUGCAGCAGGAUAUCACAGACGGGAAACUGUUCUACAGACACACCGGGCCUCACAGCACUGACACAGUUAUGGACCAGUUUGUUUUCCGGGUCCAGGAUGAUAACGACCCCCCUAACCAAUCAGAACAGAGCUCGUUCAUCAUCAAGAUUCUGCCAGUGGAUGACAUCCCCCCUGAGCUGUAUCCUGGUACCACCCUCCAGAUGACCGUACACGAGUACCAGCUCACCUACUUCCGUAAGAAGUUUCUCCGCUACACUGACCUGGACUCGGAGGACAGAGAUCUGAAGUACACCGUCACCCAGCCCCCGACAGACACAGACGAGAACAGCCCUGUGGUACUGGGGUCUAUUGUGUUAACAGAAAGUUCAAACACUGUAGUGACUGAGUUUACGCAGGCUCAGGUCAACCACCAUAAGAUAUCAUACAAACCACCUGACCUGGAGCUGGGGAUCACAGCCCACGUUCUGCAGUUCCAGUACACGGUGGAGGAUACGUCAGGGAAUACUGUCACCGGAACAUUCUCUAUAUUCCUGCAGCCUGUCGACAACAAGCCGCCUCAGAUAACCAACACUGGCUUCACGAUAUUCGAGCGGGGAACGCACAUAAUCACCAGAGCUGAGCUGGAUACUGUGGACUUAGACACAGACAGUAGCCAGAUUUCCUUCACAGUCACUCAGCCCCCUCAGCAUGGCACAGUCCAGUACACCUUCACCGACCUGACCAAAMGGGACCAGUUCAACCUGUUGGACAUUGCUAAUGACAGGAUCUCCUACAUCCAGAACGGAGACGAGUCCACCAGCGAUUUCUUUCAGCUGGAUGUCAGUGACGGCGUCCAUGUUGUGACCAUCACCAUCAGGGUUACCGUGAAGCCCAUCGAUGACGAGACCCCGACCAUCACCCUCCCGGCCGGAACCAUUGGCUCCUACAUCGACGUCCUGGAGAACGGAGCUACGGAGGUCACGACUAACGUCAUCCAGGGGAGGGACGAGGACACGGACGACCUCCGUUUGACCUUCAUCCUGGAGGACCCACCGGUUUUCGGAGAAAUCCUGGUGAACGGGGUUCAAUCAGGGAGCUUCACCCAGGCUGACAUCAUCAACGGACUGGUGGUGUACACCCAUACCAGCGGAGAGAUCGGCCUCACCACUAAAUACGACUACUUUAACCUGACGCUGACAGACAUGUCUGAUGAGUGGACGGUAGGGGGCAACAGGGUCACGGGGGUCAGGGUWCAGAUCACCAUCCUCCCCAUGGACAGCCAGGCUCCAGAGGUGUUGGUAGGCCCACAGUUCACUGUUGUAGAGGGAGAGAAGAAUGUGAUUGAGAUUCUUCACAUUAGUGCUGAUGAUAUUGACACUCCUAAUGAUGACCUGCUUUGUACCAUCAUCGUACAGCCCACGUCAGGCUACGUGGAGAACAUCUCCCCGGCCCCAGGCUCAGAGAAGUCCAGGUCUGGGACUGCGAUCAGUGCAUUCACCAUCAAGGACAUCAGACAGAACCACAUCUACUACGUCCAAAGCAUCCAUAAGGGAGUGGAGCCGGUCGAGGACAGGCUCAUGUUCAGAUGCUCAGACGGCAUCAACUUCUCCGAGAGACAUUUCUUCCCCAUCGUUAUCAUCCCGUUCAACGAUGAGAAGCCGGAGAUCUAUAUGAGGGAGUUUGUUGUUAUGGAAGGGAUGAAUAUUGUUAUCGAUACGCCCAURCUGAACGGAGCCGACGCGGACAUCCCCUCGGAUGAACUCACGUUCAUCAUCACCAAACCACCCAAGCACGGCUUCAUCCUCAACCAGCUGAUCACCGGCACCGUCACAGUCACCAACUUCACCCUGGACCAGAUCAGGGAAGCCUCCAGUAUAGUGUAUGAACACGAUGACUCGGAGACCAAGGAGGACAGCUUUGACUUAAUCCUGACGGACGGUAAAUAUACCGUGGAGAAGACCAUCAUUGUUAUGAUCAUUCCUGUAGAUGACGAGACACCCAGGAUGGCCAUCAACGACGGUCUGGAGAUAGAGAUAGGAGACGUUAAAGUGAUCGAUAACAACGUUUUAAAAGCCACCGACCUGGACUCUGAGGAUAGUACUUUGACGUACGUUGUUCGCUAUGGGCCAGGCCAGGGGUUGUUACAGAGGAGAACCCCUUACGGGACAUUAGAGAACAUCACAGUGGGGAUGAACUUCACSCAGUACCAGGUGGACCAGGCUCUCAUCGUCUWUAUCCACAACGGGCAGGAAGGAAUCCGGGACCUUAUCAAGUUUGACGUGACGGACGGCAUCAACCCUCUGAUCGACAGGUACUUCUAUGUGACAGUGGGCGGCAUCGACAUGGUGUUCCCUGACGUGGUCAGUAAGGGGGUCUCUCUGAAAGAAGGUGGUAGAGUAACGUUGACCACAGACCUGCUCAGCACCAGCGACCUCAACAGUCCAGACGAACACCUGGUGUUCACCAUCACCAGAGCCCCACAGAGAGGCCAUCUGGAGUGUACCGACGGCCCUGGCAUGCCCAUCUCCUCCUUUACCCAGCUCCAGCUAGCUGGGAGCAAGGUGUACUACAUCCACACGGCCGAUGAUGAGGUCAAGAUGGACAGCUUUGAGUUCGAAGUCACCGACGGUUACAACCCUGUGUUCCGCACGUUCCGUGUCUCCAUCACCGAUGUGGACAACAAGAAACCGGUUCUAACGGUUCACAGCUUGGUGGUUAACGAGGGAGAGAACAAACUCAUCACACCCUUCGAGCUGACCGCAGAGGACCGCGACACGGCUGACCGCCUCCUGAAGUUCACGGUCACCCAGGUCCCUGUCCACGGUCGCCUCCUCUUCAACAACACCCGCCCCGUCUCCUCCUUCACCAAACAGGACCUGAACGAGAACCUCAUCAGCUACAAACACGACGGUACUGAGUCCUCCAAGGAUUCCUUCUCCUUUACCGUGACUGACGGGACGCACACCGACUUCUACGUGUUCCCAGACACCGUGUUCGAGACGCGGCGCCCCCAGAUGAUGAAGAUCACGGUCCUGUCGGUGGAUAACGGGGUGCCCCAGAUCGUGGUGAAUAAAGGGGGGCCCACCCUGAGGGUGUUAGAGACGGGUCACCUGGGGUUCCUCAUCACCUCUAAGACUCUUAAGGCCGAGGACAGGGAUAGUCUUCAGCUAUCUGUCACCUUUAAGAUCACCGUGGGACCAGAACAUGGAUACCUCAUCAACCUGGGUACAGGCAACACUACCGUCACCACAUUCACUCAAGCUGAAAUUGAUGACAUGAAGAUUUGCUACGUACUAAGAGAUGGUGACAAUGCUACGAGUGACAUCUUCUAUUUCUCCAUUGAGGACAAUGGAGGCAACAGGCUGAAGAACCAGGUGUUCAGGCUGAACUGGGCCUGGGUUUCCCUGGAGAAGGAGUACUAUGUGGUGGACGAGGAGGCCAAGUACCUGGAGGUGGUCCUCAAACGACGAGGAUACCUGGGAGAGACAUCCUUCGUCAGCAUCGGCACCAGAGAUGGUACGGCGGAGAAGGAUAAGGACUUCCGUGGUAAAGCCCAGAAGCAGGUCCAGUUUAACCCAGGUCAGAGCACGGCUACAUGGAGGGUGAGGAUCCUGCAGGAUGGAGUGUACGAGCAGUCUGAGACCUUCCAGAUUGUUCUAUCAGAAUCUGUCAUGGCUGCCCUGGAGUUCCCUGACACAGCCACUGUGGAGAUCCUCGACCCAGCUGAUGAGUCGACAGUGUUCAUCCCGUCUGCAGUCUACCCUAUAGAGGAGGACAUUGGGGAGCUGCUGAUCCCAGUACGCAGGAGUGGUGACAUCACACAGGAACUCAUGGUCAUCUGCUACACACAGCAAGCCACAGCUACAGGGACCAUCCCCACUACAGUCCUGUCCUACUCUGAUUACAUAUCCAGACCUGAGGAACACAACAGUGUCCUGCGCUUCGAUAAGGGCGAGACGGAGAAGUCCUGUCGUGUGGUGAUCAUAGAUGACUCUCUGUAUGAAGAGGAGGAGAGCUUCAACGUUACCCUCAGUAUGCCCAUGGGAGGCCGUCUGAGACAGGAGUACCACACUGCCAGGGUCACCAUCAUACCUGACCUGGACGACGCUCCAGGAUUCUACUUCGGCGACACAGACUACCGUGUGGAUGAGAGUGAUGGUUAUGUGGAGGUCAAGGUGUAUAGGACAGGCACUGACCUCUCUAAAACAGCCACGGUCACUGUACGCUCCAGGAAAACAGACCCUGUCUCUGCUGAAGCCGGUGUGGACUACGUAGGGAUCAGUCGUAACCUGGACUUUGCCCCGGGGGUCAGCCAGCAGACGUUCAGGGUGACCAUCCUGGAUGACCUGGGUCAGCCGGUGCUGGAGGGGACCGAGACAUUCGAGCUGGUCCUCCGCAUGCCCAUGAACGGCAUCCUGGGAGAACCGGGGAAGGCCACCAUCCUCAUCAACGACUCCGUCUCCGACCUGCCCAAGGUGCAGUUCCGUGAUGCCAUGUACAUGGGGCAUGAGAGCUCCGGUCAGAUCUCAGUCAUGGUUUAUCGUAGUGGAGACAUCAGUUACAGGUCAACGGUCCGCUGUUACACCAGACAGGGCACCGCUCAGGUUAUGAUGGACUUCAACGAACGACCCAACACAGAUGCUUCCAUCAUCACCUUCCUACCAGGAGAGGUGGAGAAGCCGUGUGUUCUGUCUCUGGUUGAUGACACGGAGCAUGAGGAGGAGGAGGAGCUGAGGCUGGUGUUGGGGUCGCCCCGCAGUGAGUCUCCGUUCGGAGCGUCCAUCGGGAAACAGAACGAGACUCUGGUCAAGAUCAUGGACGACGCAGACAAGGCCAUCAUCAAGUUUGGGGAGACUAAGUUCAGUGUGAGUGAGCCUAGCGGGGCAGGCCAGGUGUCCAUGGUGAAGAUCCCAGUGCUGAGGGUAGGAGACACCUCCAAGGUCUCUGUGGUCCGCGUCCACACCAAGGACGGAUCAGCCACCUCCGGAGAGGACUACCAUCCUGUAUCUGAAGAUAUUGAGUUCAAGGAGGGUGACACAGAGCACUACAUCGAGGUGGAGAUCUUGUAUGAUGGAGUCAGAGAGAUGAGAGAAGCCUUCACGGUCCACCUGAAACCUGAUGAGAACAUGGUGGCUGAGACGCAGAUGAGUAAGGCCAUUAUCUACAUAGAGGAGACCAACAGCAUGGCGGAUGUCACCUUCCCCUCCGUCCCCCAGGUGUUCUCCCUACUGCAGUAUGACGACACCUCCAGAGCCAGACACACCCCCCCAGUGGCAGGCUACCCCGUUGUCUGUGUCACGGCUUGUAACCCUAAGUACCCUGACUAUGACAAGACUGGCUCCAUCUGCAUCAGCGAGCACAUCAAUGACACACUGACACGCUAUCGAUGGUUGGUCAGUGCUCCAACCAGCCUGGACGGGGUCACCAGCUCCAUGAGAGAGGUGGACUUUGAUACCUUCUUCUCCUCCUCCAAGAUCAUCACCUUGGACUCUGUCUAUUUCCAGCUGGAUCUGGUCCAGUCCUAUGUGACCCUCCGGGUGCCCCUCCACGUCUCCUAUGUGUUCCACUCCCCGGUGGGGGCAGGGGGCUGGCAGCAUUUUGACCUGCAGUCUGAGCUACGACUCACCUUCGUAUACGACACUGCCAUCUUGUGGCGGGACGGCAUCGGCAGCCCUCCUGAGGCUGAGCUACAAGGAGCCCUGUACCCCACCAGUAUGCGUAUCAACGUACAGGGUCGUCUGGUGGUCAACUUCAGAACAGAGGCUCGAUUCAGAGGACUGUUUGUCAUAUCACACUCUGCUUCCUCUCUGUCGUCCAUGGUGAUGUGUGCGGACCACCCUGGGGUGACGUUUAAUCUCAGCCUGGUGAGGAGCGAGCCUACCUACAACCAGCCCAUGCAGCAGUGGACCUUCACAUCAGACUUCGCUGUGCGUGACUACUCAGGUACCUACACGGUGAAGCUGCUACCCUGUACCUCUCCUCCCAGUCUGGAGUACUCCCUGCCUCCUGUCUGUAACCCCAGAGAACCUGUCACCUUCGACCUGGACAUACGCUUCCAGCAGGUGAGUGACCCGGUUGCGGCUGAGUUCAGUCUAAACACACAGAUGUUGCUGCUGUCUAAGAGAACUUUGUGGCUGUCUGACGGAUCCAUGGGCUUCGGACAGGAGAGCGACACAGCCUUCUCACAGGGUGACAUGAUAUAUGGCAGAGUGAUGGUGGACCCAGUUCAGAACCUGGGGGAUUCCUUUAUCUGUAACAUAGAGAAGGUGUUCCUGUGCACCGGCGCGGAUGGAUACGUGCCCAAGUACAACCCCAACAACAAUGAGUACGGCUGUCUGGCUGAUGCUCCAUCGCUGCUUUACAGAUUCAAAGUCAUCGAUAAGGCCCAGCCAGAGACCCAGGCCAGGUUGUUUGGUAAUGUCGGGUUCAGGGCUCUGCUGGCUGUAGACGACCCUCAGGCCCUUGCCCUGGUCAGACAGCCUGGAUCUGACGGCUUCAGCAUGGACUCUACAGCACUGUUCCAAGUGUCAGCAGGGAGAGAGUGGUUCAUCCACACCAUCUACACCGUCCGCUCCAGAGAGAAUGCUAACAGGGGCAUCGGGAAGAGAAGUCUGGAGUACCACACACUCACCCAACACAGCAGUAUGGCUGCAGGAGGCCACUCCCUGACCCAACACAGCAGUAUGGCUGCAGGAGGCCACUCCCUGACCCAACACAGCAGUAUGGCUGCAGGAGGCCACUCCCUGACCCAACACAGCAGCAUGGACAGAGAAACCCAGCAUCAAACUAUGGCUGCAGGAGGACCGUCCCAGUCCCAGUUUCGCUCCAGGCGGUCAGCAAACAGGGUACCAGACCUGACAGAGGACAUCGGCCUGGACAACAACCGAGGCACCAACAUUCUCCAUAUCGCCCUGGACCUCAGCCGCCAGCGCCGCACCAGCCCCGACCAGGAGGUCCUCACUCGGGGUGUGGUGCCCAGGGAGCUGAACCAUCCUGCGGAGAGCGAGGACAGUCUGGUCCUCAUCAUAGGGAUCCUGGUGGGCCUCCUCCUCACCAUCCUCAUCAUCAUCGUCAUAGUGCUAACCGUGCGGUCCAGACAGGAGAAGAAGAAAAUGGAGGUUCCCACAACAACGUCAAGCUCCACUGAGCCCAUGGUGACAUCAGGGUUCACUUGCAGUGGCUUGGACAGCUCAGAAGUCUGACGGACAGACAGACAAACGGACUUCCUUCGACAUGACCACUGAGACAGACAGACCGAUGGACGGAUAUUCUCCAUAGAAGAAAAAAAAAACACUGACAGAUGUUUUUGUUUUUUUAUGUUAUUUUUUUGCAAGUGCCUCAUAAUUUUUACAUUGGGAUAUAAAGAGAGGGAGGGGACAACUGAAACAACACAGUCGACAAUGAGAGCUUUGGUUCCGUACAAAAACCUACUUGAAAUCCUGCAGUCCUUCUGCUCUGCUGUAGGGGAGACCAUAGAGGUAAAACAAUCUCUCUCUAUGGGGAGACUGCCCCAUCUAGGGCAGUACCUGUAACCUGUUCUGUUCAAGGCACUUGCCAGCAUUCAUUAUUGCUUUGUUUUAUGAUGUUACACUUGAUCCCAAAAAUGUUUAUGAUUUGUCCAAAGGUGCUAAAGCAGCAGAUGCCUCUGUCCUGUAGGAUGGAUGGUGGUCCUGUGAGUUGGUAGAAGGACAUGUAGCAGGGCUAUUCAACUCCAGGCCUGUAAGGCAGAAGUACUGCUGAUUGUCUUUUUUACCUGGUAGUUGAUUGAUUAAUUGAUUAAUGUCACUGAUUGGCCGUAGAGUUCCAUGAUGUAAUCAGUUUCUGGUUAGAAUGAAAGAAUGAUAACCAGAAGUGUUUCAGCCUUCCAGGCCCAUAGUUGAAUACCGGUAUUCCUGGUAUUCAGUAUUCAAUAUGAACGCAAAGUUGUCAUAGAACUGUCAUAGUUGUUAAUGUGUAUGUUUGUUUUCCCGUGUCAAGCCACUGUCAAUAGUCUGCUAACACUGGGAAUAUGUCCUACUGUAAUGUUCUACUGUAGCUCUCUGUCAGACCUGGGUUCAAACAUUAUUUGAAAUCAUUCAAGUAUAUUAGCUUUAGCCUGCCUGGAGUGCCAGGUGGGACUUUUAUAUUGGUUCCACUGCAACAGGCAAGCUCAAUUGAUCACAGCUUAAGUAUAUUACAUGAUUUAAAAUAGUAUUUGAACCCAGGUCUGCUCUCUAUACUGAAGUAUGGAGGCUGAUUCAUGUUGAAGUUCAACAGGUGCCUAAGAAUCCACUGGAUGUUAUACUGUAGGAAGCGUCCCAAAUGGCAACCUAUUCCCUAUUUUGCACUAUAAGUAGUGCACUAUAUAGGGAAUAGGGUGUAAUUUGGGAUGAAUAUUUAGAUUUUCUCUAUUACAUGGUUAUUCUAUUUGUUUUGUUUGUAUUAAUGGUUAUCUAUCAUUUGUGCCUGUUUCUGAUUUUGUAUUUUCUUUAAAAUAAUUGCUUAAACUUGUAUAAUAAUGUGUAAAGCAGAUUUGGGGGAAAAUGUGUCUAAUCUACUGUAGCUAAUUCAGACUCAAUUACAUGUUUUUCUAUCCUAACAGAGUUCCAAGUUGAUCACAAUUUUGGGGGUAUAAUUGUUCUCUUGAUGGUCCCAAAAUCAUGGUUGUAGUGACUUUCUAUUUCUCUGUCCCAAAUUGCAUCCUAUUCCCUAUUUAGUGCACUACUUUUGAUCAGAGCCCAUAAGGAAUUAAGGUACCAUAUAGGGAAUAGGGUGCCAUUUUGGACAUAUCCUAUAUCAGUGUGGUCCUGUAUUCGAAUACAUACAGUACAGUACUGAAUUGAAUCUAAUGAGAAAAGGUAUAUCCUGUAGGGGAGAGUGGGGUAAGUUGAGACAUUUUUUACAUUCAGCAUCACUCUGUCAAGGGAAAUAUAGUAUUCUU